UAACUAAAAAUAGGGGAGUACAUCAAUUAGAUUCUGAAAUACAUAAAUUAGAAAAUAAUUUUCCGUUUGUUUUCCAUUGAUGACAACCUUAUUGAGGUUUAGAUUGAGGAUGUCAAAGCAUGUGUGUGUCCUCAUUUCUCCUUAUUUCCAGGCUGAAUAUGAAAGCAUCUUUUAAUGGUGUGUUCCUCAAGCCUUAGGGUGAAAAGACACUGUCUCUGAGAAUGGAUGAUCCAUGCUCCAUUUGAGCAGCAAAAGUACCUGUUUACUCCAUUCACCUACUUCAGCAUGAAUAUAUAUUCUCUUCAGACAUACAGUUUAAAGUAAAAUGUAAAAAAUGUUUAGCACUGAUCAAAUCUUUUUACAUCUUUUUCAAAUCCAUGGCCAUAGACAGCAUGUAGCUUACUAAAUCAAGAUCCCAAAAGUUUCAGAGGCUUAUCCUGAAAUAGCCAUCUUGUGACAAGCAGAUUUAUAAGUAAUAUUUGUCACUCAAACUAAUCUAACUUAAGUCAAUCCAUAAUGAUGUUUGGGAAGGUUUUUUUCCCACCACAAGCAGUAUUGAUUAUUCUAAAAAAGGCCUAAUGAAUGUCAAGUAAACCACCUGCCUUGUGCUCUAUAAAACUUGGGAUGGAGGUUAUCAAUGUUUCUGAACCUGGGUCAAUAAGGUAUGUAAUCAUUAUUAAUAACUACACUCAGAACAGUUUGACUAAUGUAUGACCUGUUAUUAUAUAUUAAAUCAUAUUGUGCCAUCAAACCUUUUUUUUUUAUUAAUAUGAGUGGAUCUGAUUUGACUCAGGUGGUGACAUGUUAUCGGCACUUGUCCUCCUGUGUUGGUGGAUGCACAGACAACUCCAGCCUACGACGUGAUCUUCGGCAAACACGAGAGCGAGCCCAGACACUAGCGCUGUCCUGCAGAAACCACCGGACAGCUCGACUGAGGGAUAAAACCCUAGCGGAAGCUGAGAGGAAGGAAACAGGGCUGCUGUGGGUGGCAUUCUCCUCUUGUCUGGAGCUUUUGCAUGCAGACAUGUGCAAGGUUUUCACCAUGGUCAAGCACUUUUCCCUUGCCAAUAACAGUGUCAUGUUGCAAACAGGCAUACAGGGGGGGACAACAGAGGUGGCAGCACGUGCUCUGAGUCUGCCUGACCUGCAGGAGGCAGGUGACGGGUCCCAGACGUCCAGCGUGGAGGGUCAGGAGCACAGUCAGCUGGAGCAGGAGAUAGCACAGGUGGACCGUACGCUGGAGGACAUGGAGCAGAAGGUCAAUGUGCUGCGCUGGACAGUGGAGGCGCUGGGUCCUCAGUAUGCUGACCCCGUCAGCACUGACAGCGCUUCGCUAGCACUGCUGUCCAUUGACGAAGAGGCCGCUCGGGGCUUUAGCAGUCACAGCCAAAUGUUAGCAGUAAUGAUGCUGUGCAGUGUGGCAAUCUUUGCCAUGGUGCUAUCAGUGUGUGUGGUGUUCCUGGUCUGAAGUCUAAUCUUCACUUGUGCAGGCUUUUUCUUUUCCAGAGGUCUUUUCAGUUGUGUGCAGUCAAACAUCAACAGUCUGUGUACUUAUUAACUAUGUAACAGUUCCUUGCUGUUGAUCUUAACAGAGCCUGUGAGUCCUUUUUACAUAUAAAAAAAACUGCCAUUAA